AUGGUCCCUGUGAUCCCAACAGCCAGGUGCCAGGAAACAUUGACUUUCAACGAUGUGGCGGUGGACUUCACCAAGGCAGAGUGGGGGCACCUGGAUCCCGCUCAGAAGGACUUAUACAAAGAAGUGAUGAUGGACAAUUACAGCAACCUGGUCUCCCUGGGGCUUCAGGUGUCCAAACCAGAUAUGAUCUUCCAGUUGGAAAGAGGAGAAUCGCCGUGCAUGUUAGAGGGAAAGGACUCUAGUGAUCCCUGUCCAGAGUUUCUUAGUCAGAUGGCCACAGAUGAAACAGCAGAGUCAACUGAAAAUCCAUGUGUUUCUCCCAAAGAGUCAUCUAAGGAGGAAGCUGAGACAGAUGGUUCCUGUGAAUAUGAAUUGGAAGAAGCCUGUGAACAGGAUGUCAAAGUAGAAGAAAAGAAUUCCGAUCAGGACAAACAAACCAGUGAAGAGACAACUACCCACACAGAAAUUUCUACUGAAUCUGUGUUUGGAAGUUAUUUGAGUCUGGAGUCAAUCGUUGUUCCACAAGAGGGGGUUCAACCUAGUCAAAAUCUUCAAGAGUCUGGUAUAUAUGGACCGAACUUACAACAGUAUUCAGACAUAGGGAACAUCUUUGGUGAGAAUAGCCUUUUUAAUUUUAAUAUAUGCACCAAUUUAUUCAGUUGCCCUUCAGAUUUUAUUUACUCUAAUAAAGAGCAGAGUGAAGAAAAAGGAUAUAAAUGUAAUGAGUGUGGGAAAUUCUUCACCAAUAAAAAAUCCCAUAAAAGUCAUCAGAGAAUUCAUACAGGAGAGACAUCCUUUGAAUGUAAUGAAUGUGGGAAAUCAUUUAAGUGGAAGAGCUAUCUUAAUGUACAUAAGAGAAUUCACACUGGAGAGCAACCCUUUAAAUGCAAUCAAUGUGGGAAAGCCUUCAGGCAAAGUUCUCACCUAACUGCACACCAGGCAAGUCAUACUGGAGAGAAACCCUUUCAAUGUAAUCAGUGUGGGGAAUCCUUUAGCCUUAGUGAGCAGCUUAUUGAACAUGAGAAAAUUCAUGCUGGAGAGAAAUCCGUUGAAAGUAAUCAGUGUGGGAAAGCCAUUGGCCAAAUUUCUCAACCUAGUCAACAGGAGAAAAUUAAUUCUGAAGAGAAACCCUUUGAAUGUCGUGAAUGUAAGAAAUCCUUCAGCCAGAAAGGGCAGCUUAAUUCACAUAAAAGAAUUCAUACUGCUAAGAAAUCCUUUGAAUGUAGUCAGUGUGGAAAAGCAUUUAGCCGAAGCUCUAACCUUACUGUACAUCAGAGGAUUCACACUGGACCAAAAACCUUUGAGUGCCACGAAUGUCGAAAAUCCUUUAGCAGUAGUGAGCAGCUUCUUAAGCAUAAGGAAACUCAUACUGGAAAGAAAGAUUUUGAAUGUAAUGAAUGUGGAAGAACUUUCCAACGAAGUUCUCACCUUACUGUACAUCAAAGGAUUCAUACUGGAGAGAAACCCUUUAAAUGUCAGCAAUGUGAGAAAACUUUCAGCCAGAAAGGGCAGCUUAGCACACACAUGAAAACUCAUACUGGAGAGAAACCCUUUGAGUGUAAUGUAUGUGGGAAAGCGUUUAGCCGAAGUUCUAACCUUACUGUACAUCAGAGAAUUCAUACUGGAGAGAAACCCUUUGAAUGUCAUAGAUGUCACAAAUUCUUUACCCAGAGUAGGUCCCUUGCUGAGCAUCAGAGAACUCACACUGGAGAGAAACCUUUUGAAUGCAAUGAAUGUGGAAAAACCUUCUGCCGGAGUGGGCAGCUUACUCUGCAUAAGAGAGUUCAUACUGGAGAAAAACCCUUUGAAUGUGAGGAAUGUGGAAAAUCCUUCAGCCAUAGUUGGAUUCUUAAUGGACAUAAGAAUAUACAUGCUGGAGAAAAACCCUUUAAAUGUCUUGAAUGUGGGAAAUCCUUUAGCUGGAGUGGAUCCCUUGCUAAACAUAAGAGAGUGCAUACAGGAGAGAAACUCUUCGAAUGUCAGGACUGUGGGAAAUCCUUUAGCCGUAGUGGUCAGCUUACCACACAUAAGAGAACUCAUACUGGAGAGAAACCCUUUCAAUGUCUUGACUGUGGCAAAGCCUUUAGCUGCUGUUUUUACCUUACUGUACAUCAGAAAAGUCAUACUGGAGAGAGACCCUUUGUGUGUAAUGAUUGUGGGAAAUCAUUUAGCUGGAACCAAUCCCUUACUCUACAUAAGAGAAUCCACACUGGAGAGAAACCUUUUGAAUGUGAUAAAUGUGGGGAAUCCUUUACCUGGAAGGGACAGCUUACUGAACACGAGAGAAUUCAUACUGGAGAGAAACCAUUUGAAUGUCGUCAAUGUGGGAAAUCCUUCAGGCAGAGUUCUCAACUUACCCGACAUGAAAAAAUCCAUACUAAAUAG